AUGGUUUUGCAUAUCAGUACACGGGAGCAGACGUUUCAAGAACUGAGUGGACAGGAGAAGUCCUAGGCCCGGUGGAUCCUGGAGUUGUGUGAGGACCCUGAGCCUGAUUCUGUGGCCCCAGUGUGGAAGCAGCAUAUACGGCUGCCCCCGCAGCCUGCCUCAGCCCUAUGCUGCUCCAAUCCUUAUGGGCUAUUAGCCAUUCCCGCCAUGUUCAGCUUUCGGCCUCCCUCAGCGGGGAGACUCCAUCGCUUCCUGUCACCUGGAAGCCUGCUCCUAACAUCACAGGGCUCCAACACAGCAGGUUCUAAUGUCAGAGGAACCAUCCACGCUCUGCCACCUUUCUUUGUGUCUUUAAAGAAAGAUUUCUGUAAAAGACAGAAUGACAUCAUUCCCCCUCAAAAGGCUGAAAGUACUCCUUUUGCUAUGAACGUAUCUAAGGAUGAGGCAGACUUGGAUGAUGUAUGGACAGAACCUCAGCAACCAGGGCAAUCUAAAUUACAGGAAGUGUCCCAAAUUGAAAAGCAUCCUAGAGAUGAGUUCAGGACCAUUUUCCCUCAGGUGAAGAACCUGUGCCAUGUACACUGGGAGCACUGGACAUUCCAGGUCCAGGUGUUUAUGUGGCUUUUUGCUCAGAGGUGCUGGAAGUGUUCAUUUUCCCAAUUUGAGAAUCCGGAGUUCUCCACCGAAUUGCAUCAUGAAGAUUCUGUAAACCUGGAACAGUAUGUUCUGCAGAGAUACAAUGGUCAUGGCUUCAGGGAGAGCAGUGAGGUCUUUGGCAGGGAAUUAGGAGUAGAUGAGGAGGUUAGGGAAACCUACGAUGGCAUCGGUCGCUUUAUGAAAGUGGAAGAGAAACCUGAAUCAGCAGCUGGCUCCAUCUUACGAUGUGAUGGCCUCUAUGUUACAGUGCAGCAAGAAGGAGGCCCUCACUAG